CGGAGGAGACAGCCGCGACUUGCAGUGCAGUCAGCGAGACCUCAGUGAACCGUGGCACGUCCCUAGUGCUUGAUGAACAAUAAAAUAUGUAGGUACACACACAGGCAUCAACUGGAAGAAAGAGGUAAAACGGAGCUGGGGGUUUCAAUGGGAAACCUGAUGGGCAGUUUGAGAUACAAGGAGCCUGGCACCAUAGAGGAAUGCGAUUCGACAUGGGAGACAGACUCGGAGAGCGACGAUAUCCAGGGAGGACAGGAGGACAGCAGCGGCAUCUCCGAGUCCAUCAGUCCCUCGGAAUCUGGGAAAUGUGCCGACUUGCCCGAACCUACUCAGCAGAUGGUGGUUGAAAUGCUGGAGUCUUCCACUAAGAUCAAGAGAAGCUUUUACGCAGCUAAAGACCUCUACAAGUACCGCCACAGCUACCCGAACUACAAAGAAUCGAGGCGUGCAAACGAGUACCGCAAUCUGAGGUUCUACCUGAACAAGAUCCCCCUGGUUCCAGACGGCAUCUACGUGGAGGAGAUCCUGAAUAAGUGGCGCGGCGACUACGAGAAGCUGGAGCACAAUCACACCUACAUCCAGUGGCUGUUCCCGUUGAGAGAGCAGGGUCUGAACUUCUUUGCUCAGGAGCUCACUCAGGACGAGAUCAAGGAGUUCCAGUCCACGCGGGAGGCUAAGCGCCGGUUCCUGCUGGCCUACACCAUCAUGCUGGACUUCUUCGGACUCAAGCUGCUGGAUAAAAAUGGAAACGUGGACCGAGCCGCCAACUGGAAAGACCGCUUUCAGCACCUGAAUGAGUCUCAGCAUAACUACCUGCGCAUCACGCGGAUCCUGAAGAGCCUGGGCGAGCUCGGGUUCGAGGCCUUCAAGCCCCCGCUGGUGCGCCAGCUGCUGAAGGAAGCCCUGGUGGAGGGCACGCUGCCCAACAUGCGCCACAGCGCCCUCGAGUACUUUGUCUACACCCUGCGCGACCGCGCCCAGCGACGCGCCCUCCUGCGCUACGCCCAGCGCCACUACCAGCCGCCCGAGAACUUCGUCUGGGGGCCCCCCAGGAGAAGGCGGCCUGGGGCUGGGGUGGCGGGGACGGGGACGGUGGGUGGUGGUGGUACCGUGGUACGAGUGACCGCUACAACUGGUGGGGCCGGUGGAAGGGAGUCGUCGUCAUCAUCCGGAGCGAAGGGGAGGUCGCCCCCACACGAAGGCCUAGGAGGAGGUGGAAAGACUAUCCCCCCUCCAUCUUUGCCUAUACCAAUGAAACUGCAGUUUGAGAGCUAG